AACUUGCCCCCCCCUACUUCUAUUUAAACCACUCUCAUUCCUCAUUCCUCUUCAUCAUAACAUUCAUACACUCUUCACUAAAACCUUUGCUCUUUUAUAAUCAUCAUCAAUUAUAUUGCAUAUUCUUGUGUGUUCCAAUCAAUUCCAAUGGCCACCGUUGAGGUUGCAACAGCAAAGGCUGCACUAGUGGAGGACACAACAAGCGAGGCAUCAUUCAAGGUUGAAAAGGAGCAGCAGCUGGAGAACACCACCUCAACAGAGCAAGUUCUUGAGACCACCACACCACCAGCCCCAGAAGAACCCUCAGUUGAGGUUACUGAUGAAACCAAAGAACAAGAAGAAAGCAAGACUGUAGUAGUAGUCAAGGAAGAAGAGCCCCAAGAAGAAGAAGAAGAAAAAGAAAAAGAAGAAGCUGUUGUUGAGGAAGAAACCAAAACCAAAGAAGAAGCCAAUGCUGAUCCUCCUAAAGAAGAAGCUAAGGAUGACAAGGUUGAAGCCAAAACCGAAGCCGAAGAUCCAGAAGCUGAGAAGAAGGUGAAAACAGAAGAAGCAGCCUCAGAGGAGCAAGUGAACAAAGAAGGAGAAGCAGGUCCAGCUGAGAAGAGUGAAUAGGAAGAUGAAGGGGGAACAUAAUGCGCACUCGUUUCAUUUCUGUUUUCUAAAGAGUUUAUAUAUUAUGUGUGUCUGUUGCUGCAUGCAUGCAUGUCUGUCUGCCUGUCUUUUUCUUUCCUUUGUUUAGUAUUAAUAAUAAAAGUAGCUAAAUGGAUAUGAGGUCAGGGAUGAGAGUGUGUGAUCCAUUUAAAUUCACCAGUGCCAAUGGCAUUAGCUGCUAUAUGAGUUUUAUGUAUUGACUCUGAGGUUUGGUCAAAAUAAUAAUAUAUUUACUACUUCAUUAGCA